CUUCCGGUUAUGAAUGUCCAUGCUUUUUAAAAAUUAAAAAACUGAAGGUCUUACAGAAAACCAAUGAUAACACUUCUGUCUCACAUACAUUCGUUAAGAUGGACAAUUCCUUGUUGCCUUAUGAUGGGAUCAUCUUCAAUUACAAUGAUGUUUUGGGGUGCACUUAGAUUAUUGUCUGCACCUUUGCCCCAAAAGAUUUACAGAAUUGGAGAUGACGCCUUAUUCUCCAGUUACAUGAGAUUGACACUGUUCUUUUUCCACAGCUAUGUAAAAGCAAAGGUGUAUGUAUAUGGUGAUAUUGAAGAUAUACAGGAAAGAGAUGAAAAUGUUAUCUACCUUUCGAAUCACCAGUGUACAGUUGAUUGGAUUGUCGCCUGUAUGUUAUCAGAACAAAAACAAUGUACCGGCAUGGUCAGAUAUGUUAUGAAAAGUGGACUAAAAUAUCUACCAAUCUAUGGUUUCUACUGUUAUCAGCAUAGCUGUGUAUUUGUUGGUAGAAGUGGAAAAUUCAAUGGAGAAAAGUUUAUUAAAGAAUUACAGUAUCUAAAGAAUAAUGAAAUUCCUGUAUGGCUCGUUAUUUAUCCUGAGGGAACUCGUUAUAAUCCUCAUUUACCUGAAGUCAUAGACAAAAGCAAAAAGUAUGCUCUUGAUCUAGGGUUUAAGGAAUUACAUCAUGUGCUUACACCAAGAAUUACAGCUUUAAAAUCUAGUUUAAGAGAACUGAAAGACCAUGUGUCAGCUGUAUAUGAUGUCACAAUUGCUUAUAGCAACACAUAUGAUACAGAAACAAGGGAGAGAAUUCCAGCAUAUGGAAUGCCAGAUUUUGUGAUGGGAAAAUCUCCAGAAAUUCAUAUGAAUGUUGAAAGAAUAAAUAUAAAAGAUAUACCAAUCGAGGAUAGCAAAUUACAACAAUGGUGUUAUAAACAGUUUGCUAAGAAAGACAGAAUUUUGACAGGAUUUUAUGAUCCAGACUCUAAUCUAUAUGAAAAGUUUCCAGGAAAUUCUUCUCUUCUGACUAUAAAACAAAGGCAGACCAUACCAGCAUUUAUAUUUUAUACAACUACCUUAUUAACAGUUGUAUCAUAUAGUGAGGACUCGAGAGAUUUUUAUUUUAAAAGUUCUCUUUGUAUCAUGGUUGGAGGUCUUUUGUGGGUCUCAUUCAGAUCUUGAUGAUAUUGAAAUUUAGGAAUUUUAAAUAUCAUAUCUUUAUAGUGAUAUUUAGUUAUUAUAUUUCAUAAUGUGAUUUUUUUCACUUUUAUUUUUAACGGUGGUUUCUUUUACAUGGAUAUCUUAGCUUAGUUUUUCAAAAGGUGUAAAGAAUGUUGAUAAAUUUUUAGAAAAAAAAAAUUAUGAAAAGCCAUUAUUUUAACCCCUAGAAUAUAAAACAUACAAAAUAUUAUACAACAUGAUAAACAAUAUCCUUCAGAUGUUCACAAGGCAUUAAUCUCUCAAUUAUCACAUUGUCUUACACAUUUGCUUAAGGUCCAAAUUUUUUUUGAAUAAAUAAAAAUUACAUGAACUGCCAAGGUUGCCCUUUUUCAAAACCUUCUCAUCAAUAUCUGUUUUGAAAAUCAGUCUUGGUCUAAAAUAUUUUGUGCCACAAAUGUCUUAUAUACAAAGAUAGUGUUAUGAGUGGAAUAUCUUUCUAGGUAGUCCUGUUGCUUUAUACACGUUUAUUUCAUCUUGACCAAAAUUUUACCAGCAUAUUUUAAAUGACAAUUUUGUCAAUUUUGACAUUUUUAUGAUGUUGUGCAGUGAUGUCAUAAAUAAUACAUCUGAAUUGAAUAAACCAGACUUUUUAUUUAUCUGGAAAAUUAUUAUAAUUUUAAAGGAAUUAAAGAAUUGCCUUAUAAUUAAACUAUAAUUUCAGGGCUGAAAUAAUGGUUGUAGCACUUCAUACCUCAUAUUACACUGUACCCAAUUAAAUACAUUGUAGAACUUUACAGUCUUCAAAUUUUUAAUAUUGUUUUGAAUAAUAAUAAAAAGAUGUGGCAUUUAGGAAAAUAUCAUUCACAGAAAUUUAUGUUUUGUUAGAAACUAUAGGAGAAAUAGAGAGAAACUGUUAAAUAGCAAUAAUCAGAUGAUUUCUUUUAUAGGAGUUAUUUCCCUUCAUUGAGGUUUUUUUUCCAUGUUUUGCAUUUUUGGUGAACACAAUAGGAAAUUGAGGGAAACUAAAUGGCAAAAUAUGAUCUACCAAUUAUUUAAAGACUGAAACUGUCAAUCUACUCCUUAUAAGAGUUAUUUUCCGAAGUAAUGAUUUUUUGAUAAAUUUUUAAUGUUUUAUGAAAUAUCUCGAAAAUUAUGAUAGUUAAACUGAAACUUUUAACAGCAAAAAAAAGAUCAGCACCACAAGAUCUACAAAUAAAUCAAGAAUGAAAUUGUCAAUCAACUCCUAACAGAAGUUGUUGCCCCUAAAUCACAGUUUAACCCAUUUUUUUUCUAAUUUUGCAUAUAAUCUUGAAAACUACUAGCAAAAAUUAUCAGCCUGACAAAAUUUUGGCCAAAACAAUAUCCAUUAUAUUGUAUCAGUUUUUAGCCAAAAAUGCCAAGUGAGUAAGUCUCCUUGUCAUCCAUUUUUGUCUUUCCCAAUAAAAAAAACAAUACAGAGAGCAACUAUUUCCAUUUUUAUUAUUUGUAAAAUUUGAAACCAUAAUUUCAGGGAAUGCUAUGAAUCUCUUUAUACUCAGGUCAGUAUGUUUGAAUUUAAAAAUUAUUGUGCUUUAAAAUAUCAUGUUAUUAAAGAUGUAUGAUUUAUAAUUAACUUUAUUGAGAUAUUAAUUUGUUGAUCAAAUAUAAAAUGACUGCCACUAGGUUCACUCAACUAGUCUUAUUUUAUUAUUGUUAUAGAUUUAACUGAAUUGUAUAUUUUAUCUAUCAUAUUUAUGAAUGUUUUAUGGAAGUGAUCACAGAAUUCUGUAGUAAUAUUGUAAUGAAAGCAUUUGACACUAUUUAAAAAAUCUUCCAAGAGAAAACAGUUGGUAUGACAGUUUGAAGUUCAUUGUUUUUUUAUGCCCCUCCAUAGCAGAGGGGGCAUUAAGUUUUACCCUUGUCCGUCUGUAUGUACGUAAUCCCAAAAUUGGUUUCCGUUAUCUAACUUUAGUUGCCUCAACCAAAUGUUAUGAAACUUAUACACAAUGCUUAUUGCCACAAAACACAGAUCAAGUUUGAAUUUUGGUGGCAUCACUUUUACCAUUCUAGAGUUAUGCCCCUUUACAAAUAGAAAAAAUGCUGAAUUUUUCGUUUCCGUUCUCUAACAAAGUUUGCCUCAACUAAAUGUUAUGAAACUUAUACACAAUGCUUAUUACUACAAAACUCAGACCAAGUACAAAUUUGGGUAGCGUCACUUUUACAGUUCUUGAGUUAUGUCCCUUUAUGAUGUUAAAUGCAAGCGGGGGCAUCAUCUGUGUCCCAUGGACACAUUCCCCACUUAAUUAGUCAUAUGUAAGGAUAUCAUAGAAUCAGUGGGAGUUAUGCCCUUUAGAGCAACCUGUGUAUAUGUGUAGUGAUGGAUAUCUUCUUAUUAAGAUAUAUAUCUGCCCUCAAUUAGUUAAAUUAUAAGAGCACUGGCUUACUUUUCCAGGGGUCUGUAGUUUUGAUCCCUGUAUUAUGGUAGUCAUUUUUUUUGGUUUAUUUAAACAGUGGCUAGUAUUUAAUUGUUUGUAUUAGGCAUUGAGAUUAUACCUCUUAUUUUAAUUCAAGGUCACAGGUAAAGGUUAACUGACAGGCACUAAAUAUAUUCUGCUACCUGCAUUCAAUCUAUGUCAGACAUAUUUCAGUAGUUUACUAUGAGAGUAGGAUGUUGUCUAUUUAAUAUGAAGGUUAAACACUCGAGAACAAGGUCACCCAUUGCAUUUUUGAAAAACAGCCAUUUUAAAUAUGUGCAAUUACAAUGUGGUGUUUCAUUGUAUUUUGGUGCUAUUGUCAUGAAAACAUUUUAAAUACAUGUAACUUAAAUGGUAUGAUAACAGAUUGUUGUAGCUUCAUAUUUUGUCCUUUUAAUCUUACUACAUGUAGAACAUGACAUUUUAUCUUAAAGGCUGGUAUGAAGAUUUUAAUACAAACCUGAUUUCUGUUGGACAGAUUAUUUUUAUACAGAUUUGAAUUGUUUAUGACCUUCAUUGAAAUUUUAGAUUUUAAUAAAUUCAGUUUUUAACCAC